AUGCUCCGCCUCCCCUUCCCGAUAACGACGGCUCCCCGGAUCAGAUCCCCCCCGCUCGCUCGACAACCAACCGCCCACAGUCCCGAUGGCGGAGACCUUACUAAAACCAGCUCGGUCAAGCGGACUUCGCAGUUGCUCCGGCGUGUUCUGUCUCAUGCUGAAGUUGAAACUCUUGGCAAAAGAACGGCGCUGGACCCAGCUGUUGAGGUUGAAAGACGACAGGACGAAUUUCAUGCGUUCCUGGAUGGCGAGCUUCAGAAAAUCGACUCGUUUUAUCUACUGAAGGAACAAGAGGCUACUGAUCGACUCAAGGUUCUCCGUCGGCAACUACACGUUAUGAGAGAUCAACGAAUGCAGGAAGUUUUGGCCGCCAAGAAGACAGCGAAUAGGAGUGACCCCGAGGAUCAUCGAAUGAAUGGGUUUGGAAAGCUCAACGGGGCCCGGUUGAAAGACACACUCACUGGGAAGACUCGUUUUGGGAAAAACUCCCAGGCACUAGCGCAAAUGGCAACGCCAAACAUCAAUGCCCGAGACCGGGAGUUCAUCCAGGACAGAAGGGAUUUCAUGCGGCGGCAGGAUCCGCCAAACGACGUGUCGUACCGGUCUGCUAAGAGGAAGCUGAAGCAUGCCCUUCAGGAGUUCUAUCGUGGAAUCGAACUUUUGAAGGGUUACGCUUAUCUUAAUCGAACGGCGUUCCGUAAGAUCAACAAAAAAAUACGACAAAGCCGUGAAUGCUCGACCACCACUCCGAUACAUGUCGGAACGAGUUAA